AUGGCAGAGUCCUCGAUCAAUGUUUGCGUUCGAAUUCGUCCCUUCAGCGACAAGGAAGCGUCUCAGCUCGCACCAAAUGAAGAUCAUACACCCUUUCUCGGCGACGGCGGCCUCGCCGGCGGUAUCUCUCCAAACAAGUUCUUGUCCUCCGCAGCAGCAUCCACGUCCACACUCAAGACUCGCUUCGUCCGGCCGAUAGUGAAACCUAUGGACCAGAAAGUGCUCGUCUUUGACCCUCCCGACACAAAUCCACUCACUCGACUGUACAACAGCAAUCCACUGGCUCGCGGUGGCAAGCGAAGCAAAGACGUCAGAUAUGCUUUCGACCGCGUCUUUGACUCGACCGCAUCCCAGACCGAUGUGUUCCAAGAGACGUGUAAACCCCUCUUGGAUGGCAUUCUGAACGGUUACAAUGCAACCGUCUUUGCCUACGGUGCUACAGGCUGCGGGAAGACGCACACCAUCAGUGGAACACCCGACGACCCAGGUCUCAUCUUUCUCACCAUGAAGGAGCUCUAUGAUCGCAUUCAGGAUGCCCGUGACGACUCGGACGUGCAGAUUCGCCUCUCCUACCUCGAGAUCUACAACGAAACCAUCCGUGAUCUGCUCAGCUCUGAGCCUACGCCGCCUGGUGCCGGUCUUGCGCUUCGCGAAGACGCCAACAACCGCAUAUCCGUCGUCGGCAUCACCGAGCUCGUCCCCGAAAGUCCAGAAAGUGUUCUCGAGUCCAUUCAGGAAGGCAAUCUUCGACGCACCAUGAGCCCCACCGAAGCCAAUGCCGUCAGCUCUCGCUCUCACGCCGUACUUCAGAUCAACGUGACGCAGAAGCCACGCACCGCAAGCAUGACCGAACAGACCACCUCGGCUUCGCUCAACAUCAUCGAUCUUGCCGGCUCCGAACGCGCCUCGGCCACUCGCAACAACGGCGCACGCAUGAAGGAAGGUGCCAACAUCAACAAGUCGCUCCUCGCCCUCGGCAAUUGCAUCAACGCUCUCUGCCAGUCUGGCGGUGUAGUCAAGCACGUUCCCUACCGCAACUCCAAGCUCACACGUCUGCUCAAAUUCUCCCUCGGCGGCAACUGCAAGACCGUCAUGGUCGUCUGCAUCAGCCCCUCCAGCACACACUACGAGGAAACGCACAAUGCGCUCAAGUACGCAAACCAAGCCAAGAACAUCCGCACCAAGGUCAGCCGCAACAUGAUCAAUGUCGAUCGUCACGUCGCUCAGUACGUUCAAGCAAUCCACGAACUCAAGGAGGAGAACGAGCGGCUGCGUGCCAAGCUCGAAGAACGUGGCUCGCUCGAGUCCGCCGCCGAGAAACGCAAACGCGCAGACAUGGGACGAGAGAUGGACGAAGCCAAGAAGCGUAUGCGAGAGAGCACCGACAACGUCACCAGGCUCGUCUCGGAGAAAGCAGGCUUCGAGGCAACCACAGCAGCUGCCGAAACGAAGCUGGUGGAACUGCGUAAGCGCUUGGCGAUGGUUGAAGCGGAUCUGCAUCGAUUCAGUAGCAAAGGCGAGGUGCUCCCCUCGGAUCUUGAGGGCGAACGCGAUGUUCUGAAAAAGAUGGUCUUGCUGGAAGAGAAGGCGCUGCACGACGAAGUCACCUGUGCUGGUGUACGAAGCUUGCUCAACAGCCUUCAGAUGCAACGCGGCAUCAUCGUCGCCGCCUCUCACAACCAGAAGUUUGACGCAGAGGCAUCCGACACGGUUCAGACGCUAGGCAAUGCGAUGUUGGCAGAGGUCGAGGCGGAAAAGGCGAAAACGAAAUUGAAGGGAUUGCUCGAUGUGUUGCGACGCUCGACGACCGAUGCGACGCAGCUGGUCUCGGUGGCCACAAGGAGCACCAUAGCUUUGCGAGAGGUCGCCGGCGAGCUUGAGUACAGAUCGACUCACAGCAGCGACACAGGCGCUACAGAGGAUGCAGAAGAUCUCUCGUCCACCUUGGCACUGCUUGCUUCCCAGCUGCGCAGCAUCGCCGGGGAGAACGAUAAGGUCUUUGAGACAAUGUACGGCGCCAGCCUCCCCACUUUUGCGCCUGCACCAGCAGCUGCUAGCACACACCCGACAGCAAGGCCUGCAAAACCAAUCACAAGCUCUGCCCUGCGGCGGUCACGCGCUUCUCUGGCAGUAGGUCCGGCUUCUGGGACCGUUUCCAACCAAGCCGUCCCUGCUGCUUCGAGUCGAUCCGUUUCAUCUUCUGCUGCUAGCUCCAGUCGCGCUGCCGCCUCGUCCUCCAGCCUGACAUCGACAGCGCCAGCACUUGCUCGUUCGACCAGCAUGCAAGCCACCAGCUCCCCCUCCACUUCCUCCACGACACCAUCAUCCAAUCGACCGAGCUUCGCCGCUCCAACCUCGUCCUCGUCCGCACGAUCACAAACGGCAAGCGAUCCAGUGCGCAAGUCCGCUGCUGUACGUCGAGUCAGCUCAGCGGGAGUCACACGCAGGCUCAGCACUGCUCGUUCUACCCGACCAAUCGCAGUCCCCUUGCCACCGGUGGAGGAGAAAAAGAAGUUCAGAUGGGCAGAUGAGGCAGGCGAAGGCGAAAUCGAUGACAAGGGUCUGGCACACGCCAACGUCGAUGGUGCAGGAAGUAGCUCAGGUACGGAAUGGGAAGAUCUGAGCGACGGAAGGAGCACUCCGGCGCAAUUGGUGGCGACCAAGUCGAUCCCGAGGUCGUUGUCACUCGGCACAACCUCUUCGAAAGGCCUGAACGGCGCGUCGGAGAAACGAUCCGUUUCGAGCGGCGGUGCUAGUACAGCUUUGUCUCCCUUGCGCGAGGAGAAAGCUUUCAGUGCAGGCUCGGCUGACGAAGCCGACAUUUCCAACGCCUCGCCCGUAGCCCCGCUGAAAACGUUCCCCUCAUCGCGCCCACCGCUUCGCACGACCACCAACACCACCACCAACACCGCGACCGGAGCCCUGUUGAACGGCUCAUCGUUCCCCGUUUUCCCAGCAAACGAGACAGGUCUCAACGCAGCUUCGUUCAAUGCUAGCGCGGCGGGAGCGGUGCCGGUGAAGAAAGCGUUCCCACGACCGAGCGCGGGCGGACCAGGACCGAUCCGUCGAAGGACUCGGACGAGCGUGGCGGUCGUCGCGGGCGCGGGCAACCCUUUGCUCGUCGGAGGUGGGACUGGAGGCAUGGGAAGCAUGGCGAUUCCGGGACAGCUCGGAUCGAGCGGUGUGGGCAAUCGUGUCAAAGCGAGUCGAGUCAGCGUCGUACCCGGUAUGUCCGGUAUGAGGAGCGCCAGUGCUGGCUCCUCCCUGUUCAGCUGA